UCAUAAUAACACAUCCCAUGUUCACCCUCUUUUUGUUAAUGUAAUCAUUUGUAUUGCUUACUCUCACCCCCCGAUAAUCAAGGAGAGUAAAAUCAACAUUCCAUAUUUAUUAUAUCAAUCUUAUGAGUUCUAACCAUCCAUACCAAUCAAAACAUACAACAAUGCCUAAAGGAUCACACAUUUUUGCCCUACUAAGGUGCAUAAACACAUGCCAAGAUCACACCAAUGGCACCUCAAAACUCGGUUCAAGGAUAUGCAACUCAACUGAUCGAUCAAUCGAGUUACAAAUCAGAGUGGGAUCAUUGCUAAAAAAGGCAUAUACAUUGAAGCCAGGAUCAUCGAAACGGCUCAAGAGCAAGAGCAUAUAUAAGGCUUAUAUGCCUCAAAUUAGAGGUAAUGACAACAAUGAUAAGUAUGGAGGGAAUAGUAUGGUGAAAAGAUAUGCAUAUUAUUAUGAUGAAACAUGUUUGCCCUACUUGUGGAUACAUGAUAUAGGAGGGAGCUUUUCUAGAAUGGUUAAGCAACAAUAUAUUAGUCUUGAAGAUCUCAGAGAUUGUUCUGAGAUAAGGAUUUUUAGAGAUCAUCAAAGAGGGUGUAUUGCUGUUAGGAAAAAGUCUAGGAGUGAUGUAUGUUGACCCUUUGAUCUGUAUGAGACGCGAGACGAGCUCAUAUAAUUAGUUUAGUUUUUUUAAUUGAUCAAUUUAAAUGGUAAGUGAUUAUUUUAACACACUGAAUGUAUAUGGGUCAGCCCAAUAGAGAUUGUUUCACCAUGAAACCAUCUCAUUUAAGAAUUUGUGUUUCUUAUUAUUACUACUGCGUCUUCACGGUGUCACAUGAUUUUACUAAUAUGCACGUGAAUCUUAGAAUGGCAAUUAGUUGGCAAUUAUGUUGUAUAUAUGGUGUGAAGUAGUCCAUGGUUUGUAAUUUGUUGAUUCAGUUUGUGGUUGCCUAACUUCAACUUGUAAUGUUUUUGGAGAAUGAUUCUAUAAGUGUAUGUUUGUGUUAAUAAAAUAUUCCUUAAAGUGCUUUU